CCAAGCGGCCACGGUGGGGGGGGGCAAGGGACCGGAGGUUUGGAGUGAGCAGCAGUGGUGGAGGUCCCUCAAAGAUGUGGCUGCUGGGGCUCUUCUGGGCUCUGUCCAUGCUGGCCACCAUGGUUGGUUCUGGCCCUGCAGUGCCACCACCGGGCAUGGCAUCCAUCUUCGCUGACCUGUCGGCAGCAGAGCUGGGUGCGGUGCAGAGCUUCCUGCUGAGCCGCCCCGAGCUGGGGCUGUCCCCAAGCCACCACGGCCCCCUGGCCAAGAACAGCCUGUUCCUGGUGGAGCUGCUGCCCCCCAAGAAGCGCCUGGCCCUGCGCUACCUGGACCAGGGCGGCCCCCGGCCCCAGCGCCAGGCCCGUGUGGUCAUCUUCUUUGGGGGACAAGCAGAGCCCAAUAUCACCGAACUGGCCGUGGGGCCCCUCCCGCAGCCCAGCUGGUACCGGCCGCUGUCCUUCAAGGGUGGCCGCAGCGUCCCCUUCACGGCGCGGCCGAUGACGCUGCUGGAGUACAAGGAGCUGCAGGGUGUGCUGGCCGCCGCCAUGGCCCCGCUCAACCGGCUGCUCCGCGACGCCACUGGCUUCUGGUACCACAAUGGCAGCUGCCAGCACCCCCGUGGCGGUGAGGGCGACGGCCUUGGGCAGCGCUGCCUGACCUUCUCAGACGUGGCACCGCGGGGGCUGGUGUCCGGCGAGCGCCGGAGCUGGCUGAUCCUGCAGCGCUUUGUCGAGGGCUUCUUCCUGCACCCGGUGGGGCUGGAGGUGCUGGUGGAUCACCGGGACCCCGACCCGCAGCGCUGGGCGGUGCAGCAGCUCUGGUACAACGGCCGCUACUUCUCCAGCCCGCACCAGCUGGCGGAGACCUAUGAGCAGGGCACGCUGGAGGUGGCGCGGCUGCCCCUGCCCCCUGCCCGCCAGCUCUUCUCCAGCUACGAACCCCGCGGGCGCUUUGCCACCGGCACCCCGGGCAAGGUGCGGGGCGCCAGGGUGUGCGAGCCGCAGGGCCGGCGCUACCGGCUGCGUGGCAACCUGCUGGAGUACGGCGGCUGGAGCCUGGCCUUCCGGCUGCGCUCCUCCGCUGGGCUGCAGCUCUUCGACCUGCGCUUCAAUGGCGAGCGCGUGGCCUACGAGGUAAGCGUGCAGGAGGCCAUAGCCUUCUACGGCGGCCACUCACCGGCAGCCAUGCAGACCAAGUACAUGGAUGCCGGCUGGGGCAUGGGCUCCGUCACCUACGAGCUAGCUCCUGGCAUCGACUGCCCAGCCACGGCCACCUUCGUGGAUGCCCACCACCUGUACGACACCGAGGGCCCCACCCGCUUCUCCCGUGCCCUCUGCGUCUUCGAGCUGCCCACCGGCGUGCCCCUGCGCCGCCACUUCGACAGCGACUUCCAAGGCGGCUUCCACUUCUACGCCGGGCUGGAGGGGCAGGCGCUGGUCCUGCGCACCACUUCCACCGUCUACAACUACGACUACAUCUGGGACUUCCUGCUCUACCCCAACGGCGUGGCGGAGGCCAAGGUCCACGCCACUGGCUACAUCCACGCCACCUUCUACACGCCGCAGGGCCAGCGCUACGGCAGCCGCGUCCACAGCCACCUCCUGGGCAACCUCCACACCCACCUGGUGCACUAUAAAGUGGACCUGGAUGUCGCAGGCACGGGCAACAGCUUUGAGACCAUGGACAUUCGCUUUGAGAACAUCUCCAACCCCUGGAGCCCUGGUGCCCGCGUGGUGCAGCCCUGGCUGCAUCGGCAGCCGCGCCACAGUGAGCGCCAGGCUGCCUUCCCCUUUGGCAGUCCCCUGCCACGCUACCUCCUCGUCACCAACCCUCGCCAGCUCAACCGCUGGGGUCACUCCCGUGGCUACCGCAUCCAGCUCAACUCCCAUGCCAGCCAUGUGCUACCACGGGGCUGGCAGGAGGAGAAGGGCAUCUCCUGGAGCAGGUACCACCUGGCUGUGACGCGGCACCAUGAGAACGAGCACAGCAGCAGCAGCAUCUACGCCCAGAACGAGCCCUGGGAGCCACUGGUCCACUUCGAGAGCUUCCUGCGGGACAACGAGACCAUUGAGGACCAGGAUCUGGUGGCCUGGGUGACGGUGGGGUUUCUGCACGUGCCACACGCCGAGGACAUCCCCAACACAGCCACACCGGGCAACGCCGUGGGCUUCUUCCUGCGCCCCUUCAACUUCUUUGAUGAGGACCCGUCGGUGGCAUCGCGUGACCCGCUCAUCGUGCGCCCGCUGGACCCCCCGGCCUUCACCCACCUGCAGAUCCAGCGCUGGACCCCCGCCAGCCCCGGGCCCUGCAGCGCCCCAGCCCCCUUCACCUACAACGGCACCUACCGCCAGGACUGACCUGCCCCGGCGC